AGAAACCCUUCUCUGCAUUCACUCAACGCCCCGCCUCAAAUCUCAACGACCGCUUUCUAUUCUCCUAUUAAACGGCCCAGAUUCCAUUCAUCUUCCCCCAGUAGCCCAUCACAAUUCACCACCUAAGCACUUGCAAACAAUUACAAUCAACUCAAACACAACGAUCUCAUUCACUCUUAAAUGUAAAAUAUGAAAGACUGUUAACAAGAAAGCAAAAAGAAUUUUCAGUCUCUAGAGAGAGAAUAUCAGAGUUAGAGAGAGAGAGACAGAGAGAUGAAGAUCACAGCGCUUUUGGUAUUGAAGUGCAAUCCUGAUGGAUCGGAUCCGGUGAUUUUAGCAAACGCUUCCGAUGUGAGCCAUUUCGGAUACUUCCAGAGGUCUAGCGUCAAAGAAUUCACAGUUUUUGUCGGACGGACCGUCGCCAAACGCACCUCUCCCGGCCAACGCCAGUCCGUCCAGCACGAAGAGUACAAGGUUCAUUCUUACAGCUGUAAUGGCCUUUGUGCGGUGGGGUUUAUGGAUGAUCACUAUCCUGUACGAAGUGCUUUUUCCCUUUUGAAUCAGGUGCUAGAUGAGUAUCAGAAGAAUUUUGGUGAUUCAUGGAGGACUGCACAAGCAGAUAAUACUCAACCUUGGCCAUAUUUGAAUGAAGCAUUGACCAAGUUCCAAGAUCCUGCAGAGGCAGAUAAGUUAUUGAAAAUUCAGAGGGAGUUGGAUGAGACAAAAAUUAUCCUUCAUAAAACUAUUGACAGUGUGCUCGCACGAGGUGAGAAACUAGACAGCCUAGUUGAGAAGAGUUCAGAUCUGAGUGCUGCUUCACAGAUGUUCUACAAGCAGGCAAAGAAAACCAAUCAAUGUUGUACGAUACUGUAAGCUGUCGAAGCAAGCAGCAUAAUGUAAUGCUAGCGUUGAAGGGAUGGUUGACAAUGUGAAAUGUAAUAUAUUUAUAUCAUUUAUCAAUUUGUUUGUCUGCUGGAACAGGGGAAUAUCCUCUUUCUGGAAAUUUUCUCUUGGAUCAAAAGGAAAGGAAAAACCUGAAUAUCAACAUUAGAGUUUCUUAUUAUAGUUCCAUGCACAUCAGUUGAGUAAGCAUUGUUAUUUCACUUCCUUCACUUA